AGCCAUCUCCCCACACUUUCUUGCCCAGCACUGACCCCAGGAGGGGACUGCAGCCAUCAUGGGUGACAUGACCAACAGUGACUUUUACUCCAAAAACCAAAGAAAUGAGUCGAGCCAUGGGGGUGAGUUUGGGUGCACGAUGGAGGAGCUCCGCUCCCUCAUGGAGCUGCGGGGCACGGAGGCUGUGGUCAAGAUCAAGGAGACCUACGGCGACACUGAGGCCAUCUGCCGGCGCCUCAAGACCUCACCUGUAGAAGGUUUGCCAGGCACUGCUCCAGACCUGGAGAAGAGAAAGCAGAUUUUUGGACAAAAUUUUAUACCUCCAAAGAAGCCAAAAACCUUCCUGCAGCUCGUGUGGGAAGCACUGCAAGACGUGACCCUGAUCAUCCUGGAAAUUGCAGCCAUCAUCUCACUGGGGCUCUCCUUCUACCAUCCGCCAGGCGAGAACAAUGAAGGAUGCGCCACGGCCCAGGGCGGGGCCGAGGAUGAAGGGGAGGCGGAGGCGGGCUGGAUCGAGGGGGCCGCCAUCCUCCUGUCGGUCAUCUGUGUCGUCCUCGUCACAGCCUUCAACGACUGGAGCAAGGAGAAGCAGUUCCGGGGCCUGCAGAGCCGCAUCGAGCAGGAGCAGAAGUUCACUGUCAUCCGGGCCAACCAGGUGGUCCAGAUCCCGGUGGCCGAGAUCGUGGUUGGGGACAUAGCCCAGAUCAAAUAUGGUGAUCUCCUCCCUGCCGAUGGCCUCUUCAUACAAGGCAAUGACCUCAAGAUCGAUGAAAGUUCCCUGACUGGGGAGUCUGACCAGGUGCGCAAGUCUGUGGACAAGGACCCCAUGCUGCUGUCAGGGACUCAUGUGAUGGAAGGCUCAGGACGGAUGGUGGUGACCGCUGUGGGUGUAAACUCUCAGACAGGCAUCAUCUUCACCCUGCUAGGGGCUGGUGGCGAAGAGGAAGAGAAGAAAGACAAGAAAGGUGUGAAGAAGGGGGAUGGCCUUCAGCUACCAGCGGCCGACGGUGCGGCAGGGUCAAAUGCUGCAGAUAGUGCCAAUGCCGGCCUAGUCAAUGGUAAAAUGCAGGAUGGCAAUGUGGACGCCAGCCAGAGCAAAGCCAAACAGCAGGAUGGAGCAGCCGCUAUGGAGAUGCAGCCUCUCAAGAGUGCUGAGGGUGGAGAUGCAGAUGACAAGAAGAAAGCCAACAUGCACAAGAAGGAGAAGUCAGUGCUGCAGGGCAAGCUCACCAAGCUGGCGGUGCAGAUCGGCAAGGCAGGUCUGGUGAUGUCAGCCAUCACGGUGAUCAUCCUGGUGCUGUACUUCACCGUGGACACCUUCGUGGUCAACAAGAAGCCGUGGCUGCCUGAGUGCACGCCCGUCUACGUGCAGUACUUCGUCAAGUUCUUCAUCAUCGGUGUGACAGUGCUGGUGGUCGCUGUGCCUGAGGGGCUGCCCCUGGCUGUCACUAUCUCACUGGCCUACUCAGUGAAGAAAAUGAUGAAGGACAACAACUUGGUGCGCCACCUGGACGCCUGUGAGACCAUGGGCAAUGCCACAGCCAUCUGUUCGGACAAGACUGGCACACUGACCACCAACCGCAUGACGGUGGUGCAGGCUUACAUUGGCGAUGUCCACCACAAGGAGAUCCCUGACCCCAGCUCCAUCAACACCAAGACCAUGGAGCUGCUGGUCAAUGCCAUCGCCAUCAACAGCGCCUACACCAGUAAGAUCCUGCCCCCAGAGAAGGAGGGUGCCCUGCCUUGGCAGGUGGGCAACAAGACGGAAUGUGGCCUGCUGGGCUUUGUGCUGGACCUGAAGCAGGACUACGAGCCUGUGCGUGCCCAGACACCAGAGGAAAAUCUGUACAAAGUGUACACCUUCAACUCAGUACGCAAGUCCAUGAGCACAGUCAUCAAGCUGCCCGAUCAGAGCUUCCGCAUGUACAGCAAGGGUGCUUCAGAGAUUGUGCUCAAGAAAUGCUGCAAGAUUCUCAGUGGGGCGGGUGAGCCCCGGGUCUUCCGACCCCGAGACCGCGAUGAGAUGGUGAAGAAGGUGAUAGAACCCAUGGCCUGUGACGGGCUACGCACCAUCUGUGUGGCCUACCGUGACUUCCCCAGCAGCCCAGAGCCCGACUGGGACAACGAGAAUGACAUCCUCAGUGAGCUCACCUGCAUCUGCGUGGUGGGCAUUGAGGACCCUGUGCGGCCCGAGGACUCGCCUCUGAAGGCUGUGCAGAUGCUCUGGGUGAACCUCAUCAUGGACACGUUUGCCUCCCUGGCCCUGGCCACCGAGCCUCCCACAGAGACCCUACUCCUGCGGAAGCCAUACGGCCGCAAUAAGCCCCUCAUCUCACGCACCAUGAUGAAGAACAUCCUGGGCCAUGCUGUCUACCAGCUCACCCUCAUCUUCACCUUGCUCUUUGUGGGAGAGAAGAUGUUCCAGAUUGACAGUGGGAGGAACGCGCCCCUGCACUCCCCACCCUCGGAGCACUACACCAUCAUCUUCAACACCUUCGUCAUGAUGCAGCUCUUCAAUGAGAUCAACGCACGCAAGAUCCACGGGGAGCGCAACGUCUUCGACGGCAUUUUCCGGAACCCCAUUUUCUGCACGAUCGUCCUAGGCACCUUUGCCAUCCAGAUAGUGAUCGUGCAGUUUGGGGGGAAGCCGUUCAGCUGUUCCCCACUGCAGCUGGACCAGUGGAUGUGGUGCAUCUUCAUCGGGCUAGGAGAGCUCGUCUGGGGCCAGGUCAUCGCCACCAUCCCGACCAGCAGGCUCAAGUUCCUCAAGGAGGCAGGCCGGCUCACCCAGAAGGAGGAGAUCCCUGAGGAGGAACUCAACGAGGAUGUGGAGGAGAUUGACCACGCUGAAAGGGAGCUGCGGCGGGGCCAGAUCCUGUGGUUCCGAGGGCUCAACAGGAUCCAGACUCAGAUCCGAGUCGUGAAGGCGUUUCGUAGCUCUCUCUAUGAAGGUUUAGAAAAGCCUGAGUCUCGAACCUCCAUCCAUAAUUUCAUGGCUCAUCCUGAAUUCCGGAUCGAAGAUUCCCAGCCCCAUAUCCCCCUCAUCGAUGACACCGACCUGGAAGAAGACGCCGCGCUCAAGCAGAACUCCAGCCCGCCGCCAUCGCUCAACAAGAACAACAGCGCCAUUGACAGUGGGAUCAACCUAACGACCGACACAAGCAAAUCAGCUACCUCUUCAAGUCCAGGGAGCCCCAUCCACAGCCUGGAGACGUCGCUUUAG